GUCCACAGCAUCCCUGAUGUGAAGGAACCUGAUGGAGGACAAGUCAAUGAGACGAUUCACACAGAAAAACAACUAAAGGAAGAUUUUAUCAAGUAGAGGAGAUAAAAGUGCAAGAAGAUCGAGAGACUUACGUGUUCAGAGCGUCCUAAAAACAAGUGCAGAACCAUGAGUACCUUUGGGUACCGCAGGGAGCUGAAGAAGUACGAGGAGGUGGACGAAGACGAGCUGCUGGCCACUUUGUCCUCCGAGGAGCUCCAGGAGCUGGAGAGGGAGCUGGUCGACUUUGACGACAACGUCCCCAUCGGCCUCAGGCAGAAAGACCAGACCGCCAAAAUCCCCACGGGAAACUUCGACAGGGACGCUCUGCUGAAAUAUUGGGAGGACGAGAACAAGAAGCUGCUGGAGAACGAGAAGAAGGAGUCCAACACUGGACAGGAAGGACGCCAAGAUAAGAGCAGAGGAGAGCGAGUGACAGUGACCAGCAGUGAUGCCGGCAAGACUGCGGAUAGCGACAGGAAGAAGAUUUCACCGAAGGCGAAGAAAGUCCAGAGCGUCUUCUGCAAAAAUGAUGUGAAGGAAGACGAGGCAGAAAAAAAGGACGAGUGUAAAAAGGAGGCUCCGAUCAGGAUUAAAUGUCCUCAGAAGAACAGUCUGUCAAAAGGCUCGAGGAGCGAAUCGAGGAGGAGUGAAACCACAGAUCAAAACCUGAACGCAACCUCCGACAGAGCGAGCGGGAACCCGAUCGCCAUCGAUGAGACUCUGGAGCAGAUCUGGUGCAACGACCCCACCGUGAAAGAGGUCAACCUCAACAACAUCGAGGACAUUUCCCAGGAAACCUUGCUACGUUUCGCAGAGGCCCUGUGCACAAACACUCACGUCCACGUUUUUAGUCUCGCAAACACCCACGCAGACGACCGGGUCGCCUUCGCCAUCUCCAAGAUGCUCCGUGAGAACCGCUUCAUCAGAAACCUGAACAUCGAGUCAAACUUCGUGUCCGGUCAGGGCAUCCUGGCCCUGCUGGCGGCGCUGCAGCACAACCGGACGCUGGUGGAGCUUCGCUUCCACAACCAGAGGCACAUGUGCGGGGGGAAGGUGGAGAUGGAGAUGGUCCAGCUGCUGAGGGAAAACACAACUCUGCUCAAGCUCGGUUACCAGUUCGACCUCCCGGGCCCGAGGAUAACAGCAACCAGCAUCCUGACGCGCAACCAGGACCAAGAGCGCCAGAGGAGGCUUCAACAGAGGAAGGAGCAGAGUCCGACAGACGUGUCGGGACAAAAUCCUGGUUCAUCUGCAGAAAACAGACCACCGAAGAAACCGUCACAAUCUUCUAAGACUGUUGAAAAUCAGAACAGGAAUCCUCCUCCUCCUCCUCCUCCAUCUUUAGACCUACCGACGAGGAAGAUCUCCGAAAUGGUCAAACAGCACGAAAGCUCGAACAGCACGAAGACUCAGUCGAACCAAAAGAAACCAAAGUCAAAGAAGCUCAAGAACGGCGCCAACGAAAAGGAGAGCGCAGAUAUUCUCAAAGACCUGAAGAACGCCUUGAAGCCGUCACUGCAGAAGAGACGCGACGAACCGUCGCACCUUCCGCCGCCACAGAGAUCGAGCCGCGACGACCUGAUGGCGGCGAUUCGUGGGAGUAGCAUCGGGUCCUUAAAAAGGGUGGAUCUGUCGCAGGCCUGAACUCACCUGCUGAUCACACCUGAACUCUUCUCACUUUGUAUUGAAAUAUUUCAUUUUUACUUCACACUGAAAGUGUCACUUUUUAACAGUAUCUUAUUUAACUCCUCACACGGCGUAGCAGCAGACUGCAUUUCUGUAUGUUUCGGACGUUAUUGUUGUAUUUUGUUACUGUGUGAAACCGACUGUGAAAACUGACGUGUUGAGAAAUAAAGUUAAUGUUCUGACU